UCCUCCUCCCUCCUCCUCCUCCUCCUCCUCCUCUUCAUCAUCAUUGGCCCUUGGCCGUGACACUGUUGACAUUUCCAUGGAAACGCUGGCCUCUGUUUGGGCCCGUGACCCCCGUGACCUCAGCGACCUCGGAGAGACGAGCCAGACGUCUGUGUGGGACUCUCAGUCUCUCUUCAACACGUCGACCCCUGCUGGUCUGAUGUGGACCGAUCAGCUAUCUCCUCACCUGCAGAGGAACAAACAGCUUCAGGACACUUUGCUGCAGAGAGAAGAAGAACUGGCUCGACUUCAUGAGGAGAACAUCAAACUGAAAGAGUUCCUCAACUCGUCGUUUGUCAGGAACCUCCAACAGAAAGCAAAGAAACUCUCUGCUGACGGGAGGAGGAAGCUGAAGAGAAACUUGACGUCUGUUGACGAUGGACCUUCGCAGACCUUCCAGCAUGUCAGCAAGAGAGUCUGCAGGAACCUGACCGCCGAGUUCUGCUCCGAGUCCUCUGAGACGGCGUCCUCCUCAGAACCAAACUUGGACCUCUGGGUUCUACGAACGCUGGGACUGAAGGACAAAGACACCAUUGACACGUCCAGUGACUCGUCCACCUCCUCGCCUGACCUCAGUUUGGUUUACGAUGCUGCCAUCACGUCAUCUCUCAGCUCGUCUCUCAGUCCAUCAGUUGUGACUUCGACGCCUUCGUCCGUCCACGGUUACAACCUAAAAUCCACACAUCAGACUGAUUACAGCGCUGUCCAGUACCAUGAAGCAAACUGUUGUAACUCUGCCGGGUCACCUCAGAACUGCUCAAAUCCUCCAGGUCAACGCUGUGUCUUAACCACCUCUGCACCACCCGGACCAUAUGAAGGUCCUGAAGCUGUGAUCCGGAGCUACAACACAUUAACUGCCUUCCAGUCGCCACCACUAACAGAAGAGCUGCCCUUCACCUGGUCACCGGACAGAGUCUCGAGGCGAGUCCAAACUCUGGAGAAGGAUCCGGCUUACUGGUCUCCACUGACACCAUCCCAGGACAACAUCCACCUCAGUCCACCAGCAGACAGAGUGCCCUUCUCCCCCAUCUUGUCUUCGAGUCCUGUCCUGAACCAGUUAUGGACGCCUGUUCGUGGUGGCAGCCCGGUGAGUCCUUCGGUUGGAUCUCAGACGCCUCGCAGCCGCACAGAUUUGGCCUUCACCAUGUCCCUCAGUCCGUCCAGCAGCGUCAAGACACACAGCUUCCCCCAGGGACAAGCCUUCAUCAGGAAGGACACCGGGGGAAGGUGGAACUUCACCUGGGUACCGAGACAAGGACCAUAGACAGCUGGGCGGUCUUCAGGAAGAACAUCGGUGAACCUCCAGACUGAGUGUCGUCAGUCUUUAGGACGUUAAGUCCACGUUAAACUGGUGGCUGAUCUUACAAGACAAUACAAGGACAGUCCUCUAAAGAGACUCUGGCUUCGUCAAACAGGUUUCAAACGUCUCUGAACUCAUUCCAACGUUCAGAACACAGACUAAUGUAAACACUUAACUUUGGGCGUUACGGGACAUUUAAAGUUUUAGGUUUGUAGCUGAUUAGAGACACAAACGAUGAGAAAACUGAACAGGACUGCCUGAAAUGUUUCGAUACGCUGCCACAUAAAACAUCAGGACUGCCUCCUCGUUAAAUUAAAUGUCCAUGAAGUGAAAACUGCCCAUCAGUGUAACAGUAAAGCUGCCUCUGAUUGGUUGGAGGGUUUGUUGCUGUCCCGUUCGAGGACUCAUCUGAUGUCACUGACGAUGUAACACGAGAAACUUAUUUCUCAUAUUAACAUGUAGGUUUACAUAAAAUCACAAACCAUGAAUUAACUCCAGCUGUGAUCAAAACAUGUUGAAUGUUUCUUUAAAAACAUGGCUGCCAUAAAUAAACAUCAUUAAGGUUAACAUUGAUGCUAACAGGAUGUUUGUGUUUUAUAUGAACGUGUUCACAAUGACGAAUAAACUGUCAACUGAUUCACUGGGUCCUCUUUAUUUUACAACCUGACUACACCUGACAA